AGCCUUUUCUCUGCUCUUUUCAGUUUGUUUCAGUUGGUACAAGAGUCUUUACUCGAUCGCAUCUCUCUGUUUGUCGAGUAUCGUCGAAUACACGAAAAAGUAUUUUUUUUUUUUUAAGAAUUAUUCUACGGAAUUUUUAAAACCAAAUUGUAUAUAUUACGUAUAUAAAUGCCAAGCGUUAAGGAUGAAUCGGAGGCAGAAGGGGAGGAGAUGUCCCAUGACAGUAACGAAAGUAAUCAGAGUUCUGUAUCAUGUGACAGUAGUGCAGAACACACUGACAGUGAUGAUUCUUCAGAGAUGGAUGAGGAUGAAUGUGAGAGGAGACGUAAUGAAUGCAUGGAAAACUUAUUAGAUCUAGAAAGACAGUUUACUCUUCUCAAAGAACAACUGUAUCGAGAAAGAAUUACACAAGUGGACACAAAACUUGGAGAAGUACGUGUUGGAAAAUCUGAAGAAUAUCUAAUACCACUAGAACGACUAAAGGAAAACAUGAAAACAAAAACAGAAGUUGCUGGAAUAUUGAAACAGUACAGGUUGCAAAAUAUACAAAAUAAAUUUCUAGCAGAAGAGCAGGCUGCCUUGCAAAAUUUUGAAAGUGAGAAAGGACUAAUUUGGGAUUGUAUUCAUAACGAUCUCCAAGACAAGAUUCGCCGUUUAGAGGAAGAUAGAAACAAUGUGGACAUACAUGCGGAUUUAUGGCUUAAUACGACUGGUAGGAGACGCAGAAAUCAUACGGAGAGAAGGCGAGCAGUUUCCGUUGCAGGUCCAUACAUUGUUUAUAUGCUCAACGAUGCGGAUAUAUUAGAGGAUUGGGCGUUAAUAAAAAAAAGUUUAAGCAGUUGGAAAACGGAAAUAAUGUAAUUUUUACUUGAACAUCCAAAGAUAAUAUUUUCGACAUGAAUAUUAUGCGUCCAUCUUUCAUAAGAAUAGAGAUUUCGUCCAAAAUUGGUUUGAAAUCAGAGAAAUACAUUUUCCAUGUUGGCGUUCAUUGCGCGUGUAAUGUUUGUACAGUGUGCCUUGAAUAAAAUAAAGGUAGUUAUUUGUUUUAAGAACCUCUCGACUCUAGAUAAAUGAGAAGUGGUCUCUUAAAAUAAGAAAAAAAAAAUGCCAAAAUAAACAUCAAAUUUAUUGAUGUAUGUACUUCUGUAGUAAUACAGAAAGAUUCUCAUUAAUGUAGGAAAAUUAUUUACACAUGAUUGUGCCGUCAAUGAGAGCAAAGCGUAGCUCGUGAAAAAACAAAUAUUUACUGUAUAUUAAUUUUACUUAAUAAAACAAAUUAUAUAUCAAUGA